AUGAGGCUUUCUUUGCCAGAUCAGUUUGCCAGCAUAGACGUGGUCGGAGACGGUUCUACGUCGAGAGGAACACGGAGGAGGGAAGGGAACAAAGACAGGAGCCCUAAGAAAGGUGCUGCCAGCUCCAGAACAGAAGGUGUGGCCACGGGGGAGUUGGGAGCAGCGGCUCUGAGGAGCAGUCCUUCCACCCCGGGCACCUGGAGGCACAGAAGUCAGAGAGGUGAGGGCCAGGGGCGGGAAAGUGAUCCUGACAGUAAACUCAGGCUCAGAGAGCUACAAAGGACAACCCGGGAAGCCCGGUCCCUUCAGAAUCCCUUUGGGGACCAGGCGCUGUCUGUGGUCAGUAGGACUAUGUUUCGGGAGAAGCCUUGUGUGUGUGUCUUUCUGUUCACCUGUGUCCUCCAGCUCAGCCACACCUGUGAACAGAAGCUGACUACACCCAGGGUACAAAAGGGCCUCAGAGAGUCCUCCCUGGGAUCAGUACAUGCCCUGGUGCUGCUUCUCCAGAGAGUCACCAUGGGGGUGGAAGAGGUCCGGGAUGGCUUGGUGACUUUCCUUUUUCCUAGGUCCGUGAACAAUUUCCUGAUGACUGGUCCAAAGGCGUACCUGAUCUACUCCAGCAGCGUGGCGGCUGGGGCCCAGAGCGGCAUUGAGGAAUGCAAGUACCAGUUUGCCUGGGACCGCUGGAACUGCCCGGAGCGCGCCCUGCAGCUGUCCAGCCACGGGGGGCUGCGCAGUGCGAACCGCGAGACGGCGUUCGUGCACGCCAUCAGCUCCGCCGGCGUCAUGUACACCCUGACCAGGAACUGCAGCCUGGGCGAUUUUGACAACUGCGGCUGUGACGACUCCCGAAACGGGCAGCUGGGGGGCCAAGGCUGGCUUUGGGGAGGCUGCAGUGACAACGUGGGCUUCGGAGAGGCCAUUUCCAAGCAGUUCGUCGAUGCCCUGGAGACAGGACAGGACGCCCGGGCGGCCAUGAACCUGCACAACAACGAGGCCGGCCGCAAGGCGGUGAAGGGCACCAUGAAACGCACGUGCAAGUGCCACGGCGUGUCCGGCAGCUGCACCACGCAGACCUGCUGGCUGCAGCUGCCCGAGUUCCGCGAGGUGGGCGCGCACCUCAAAGAGAAAUACCACGCGGCGCUCAAGGUGGACCUGCUGCAGGGCGCCGGCAACAGCGCGGCCGGCCGCGGCGCCAUCGCCGACACCUUCCGCUCCAUCUCCACCCGGGAGCUCGUGCACCUGGAAGACUCCCCGGACUACUGCCUGGAGAACAAAACGCUAGGGCUGCUGGGCACCGAGGGCCGAGAGUGCCUGCGGCGGGGGCGGGCCCUGGGCCGCUGGGAGCGCCGCAGCUGCCGCCGGCUGUGCGGGGACUGCGGGCUGGCGGUGGAGGAGCGCCGCGCCGAGACCGUGUCCAGCUGCAACUGCAAGUUCCACUGGUGCUGCGCCGUCCGCUGCGAGCAGUGCCGCCGGCGGGUCACCAAGUACUUCUGCAGCCGCGCGGAGCGGCCGCGGGGGGGCGCUGCCCACAAGGCCGGGAGGAAGCCCUAG